AUGAAGUUUACUAGGAAAUCCCUUGUUUCAGUUUUUAUGCUGUUGUGUGUAAUCUGUAUGAUAUAUUUUAUGUCCUCUUCCUCAUCUGAGGGAUCACUCGGUAAAUCGUCUCCGAUUAAUUUAAGCAAAAAUAAUGACUACUACGACUUCAAGAAUGAACAAAGCAACCUAAAAGUCCAAGAUUCCAGUAGCGAUGAAAUAGACAACCCAGAGGUAAUUAGGAGACCUUCAAAGCAAUCCAAACAACCAAAAGAACAAGUUCAGGAAGACGAUAUUAUUCCAGAAGUCACUAAUGGCCAGUUCACAGAAACUCCUUUUAUGCCGAAAAUGGCCAAUGAGACAUUGAAGGCACAAUUAGGUAAUGCUGCUUGGAAGUUGUUCCACACCAUAUUAGCAAGAUACCCGGAAGAACCUAGCAAGCAAGAACAAACCACAUUAAAUCAAUACAUUCAUUUAUUCGCCCAGGUCUAUCCUUGCGGAGAUUGUGCAAGGCAUUUCCAAGGCUUAUUAGCUAAAUAUCCUCCUCAAAUUAAGUCAAGGAAAACUGCGGCGUUAUGGGGGUGUCAUAUGCAUAAUAAGGUAAAUGAAAGAUUAGAAAAGCCUGAGUAUGAUUGUACUACAAUUCUCGAAGACUACGAUUGCGGGUGUGGUAAUGAUGAGAAAGAAGAUGAUAAGACCUUAGGAAAUGAAAAUAUUGAACAUUUACGAAGUAUUAAGGUUAACGAAAAAGAAGAAUCACCUCAACUUGGAGGUUAA